AUUAAUUUGAAAGGGCCCAAACUCAAGGGAGAUGUUGAUGUGUCAACUCCAAAGAUUGAAGGCGAUAUUAAAAUCCCUGAAGUAGAUGUCCACGGUACCAAGAUGGACAUUGGCUCUCCACAGGGAAAAUUUUCAGGGCCCAAGGUAAAGUUUCCAACAAUAAGUGGACCCAAAAUGUCCCUGCCAGAUGUUGAUAUCAAUUUAAAGGGACCAAAGUUGAAAGGAGAUAUGAAGGGGGAUUUUCAACUGUCAAAACCUGAAAUUGAGGGACCAGAUGCUUCAAUUGAUAUUCCAGAAACUGGUUCAAAGAAAAUGAAAUUCAAACUGCCAAGGUUUGGUUUCAAGGGUCCAAAGCUAAAUGCACCAGACAGUGAGUUGAAAUUGCCACAAGGCGACAUCAACCUCAAAGGAAAAACUGGCAGCCUUGAGGGUGUGGACCUUGAUUUGGAACUGUCUACACCAAAAGCCAAAGGAUCUAAAUUCAAAAUGCCAAAAUUUGGAUUUAAAAGUCCAAAAGUUGAAGGUCCAGAUGCUGAUAUAAAUGUUUCAACACCUAAGACUGAAAUAGAGACACCGGAAGUGAAAAUAGAAGCACCUGAUAUUGACGUUGAGGGUCCAAGUGGGAAGAUCAAAGGAUCAAAAUUCAAGAUGCCAAAUAUCUCAGGACCAAAGAUUUCCAUGCCCGACGUAGAUUUCAAACUAAAAGGUCCUAAAUUUGAAGGUGAUGUUGAUAUACCAAAGGCUGAAGGAAAAAUAAAGGUACCUGAGGUGGAUAUAAAAGGCUCAGAGAUUGAUUUGGAAGGCCCAAAAGGUGGACUGGAUAUGCCCAAAAUUAAAAUGCCAACAUUUGGUUUCAAAGGUCCAAAGGUUGAGGGUCCAGAUGUUGACAUAAACCUUCCCAAAGCUGAUGUCAAUGUCAAAGCACCUGAAAUUGAUAUUAGUGGACCAGAAGUUGAAGGCCCUGAUGGAAAACUCAAAGGACCCAAGUUCAAACUGCCAUCACUGUCAGGACCCAGCCUACCAGACUUUGACAUUAAUUUGAAAGGGCCCAAACUCAAG